AUGCAGGGCGAUAGCACACGGCACAUGGCCAAAGUGGAUGGAUGCUGUAACCGGGUGUCAGACGCGGCCACACGCACCGCGCUACAGCACCGACCACAACAGGGAGGAUUCCAUGAGCAGCGUCGCCGUCAGUGCAGCAGCGAAGUGUUCAUUUGGCAGUCUCCAUGUCCGUACGCAACAUCGCGGCGCGCAAAGGAGACGCUUCCAGUCACUGAGAGUGCGUGUACGCACAAACACACAGCCUUCUCCAACUUUACCAAAACCAGCCAGGGGAAAGUGACCACCCACCUCCCGCGUCCACGUGGUGUGGGCUGUGUUGUGGAAUAA